AGGCACUUGCCUCUGGUGCUGAAGGUUGCCUGUUCCAGCCCCGAGUAGUGCAGCACAGAUACAGCUUCAAGACCUCCUGCUGACAUGUGGGAUUCACUAUGGCAAAAGCAAACGAUGGCUAUGCAUUUCCAGGAGUGGCUACGGUCAAUUCGCUCCAACGGAGGAAUCAAAGUGCCCGAAUCCGAGGACUUCUGGAGUCUUGUCCCUUCUUUCCCUCUGUCCUCCUUCUCCCUGUCGUCCCUCUCUCUGUCGCCCUCCUCUCUGCUGGGUAUUGGGGCUUUGGCCUCCCUCACGGCCUACUGGCUGGUGACCCGUCCUCGACCCAUGCGUCCCCCCUGUGAUCUGCAAGCCCAGUCUAUAGCUGUGGAGGGAGAGCCCAAUUGUAGGCGAUCGGCUCUUCUUAAGGAUGAUUCACUGCUCGAGUUUUACUACGAUGACACCAGGACAGUCUACGACAUGUUCCAGAGAGGCCUGAGGAUCGCAGGAAGUGGCCAGUGUCUGGGCUUCAGAAAGCCCGGCCAACCCUACCAGUGGAUCUCCUACACUGAGGUGGCUGAGCAGGCUCAGGUGCUGGGCUCUGGGCUGCUGGCCAAAGGCUGCCAGCCGAACCCACAGCAAUUUGUUGGGAUAUUUGCACAGAACAGACCAGAGUGGAUAAUCUCGGAACUGGCCUGCUACACUUACUCCAUGGCGGUGGUACCUCUGUAUGACACGCUGGGGCUGGAGGCCAUGGUCCACAUACUCAGCCUGGCGGAAAUAUCUCUGGUGAUCUGCGACCGUGAGGAGAAGGCAUCGUCUCUCUUGGACAACAAGGAGAAAGGCAUUACCCCGACGCUCUCCUGCCUGGUGCUCUUCAGUGACUUCAGUGACGCCUUAGAGGAGAGGGCCAAAAAGUGUGGAGUGGAGGUUUUGCAUCUGUCCCAGCUCAUGGACCUGGGAAGACAGAACCUCAAAGAUCCUGUGCCGCCCCAGCCCAAGGAUCUUGCUGUGGUUUGCUUCACCAGUGGAACCACAGGAAAGCCCAAGGGAGCCAUGAUCACCCACGGCAACAUCGCCUCCAACACAUCCUCUGUUAUUAAGAUCCUGGAGGGUUCGUUUGUGAUCCAACAAGAAGAUGUGUCAAUCUCUUAUCUGCCACUUGCCCAUAUGUUUGAGAGGAUGAUUCAGGUCUCCAUGUUCUGCCAUGGAGCCAGAGUGGGAUUCUACCAAGGGGACAUUUCUCUCCUCAUGGAUGACAUUAAAACCCUCAAGCCCACCUUCUUCCCUGUUGUGCCUCGCUUACUGAAUCGCAUCUACGACAAGAUCCAGGGCUCUGUGACCUCUCCGUUGCGACGUGCGUUGCUUCACUACGCUGUGAGGAGGAAGCAGGCGGAGCUCAGCAGCGGGGUUGUACGUAACAACAGUCUGUGGGAUAAGUUGGUGUUCAACAGGAUUCAGGCCAGUUUGGGAGGUAAUCUGAGGUUCAUCCUGACUGCAUCAGCCCCCAUCUCCCCCACUGUCCUGUCCUUCCUCAGAGCCACUCUCGGCUGUCUGAUCUUUGAAGGGUACGGCCAGACUGAGUGCACCGCGGGCUGCACUUUCUCUAUGCCAGGCGACUGGAGUGCAGGUCACGUUGGUGCUCCCUUGCCCUGUGCCAUGGUAAAACUGGUUGACAUUCCGGACAUGAACUACUAUGCUAAGAAUGGAGAGGGGGAGAUCUGUAUCCGCGGCCACAGUGUGUUCCGAGGCUACCUGAAGGACCCCGAGAGGACGACCGAGGCCUUGGACAGCGACGGCUGGCUGCACAGUGGAGACGUGGGCCAGUGGCUUCCAAAUGGGACAUUACGCAUCAUUGACAGGAAGAAGCACAUCUUCAAGUUGGCCCAGGGAGAGUACAUAGCUCCAGAAAAAAUAGAAAAUGUCUACAUGCGUUGUGUUCCCGUACUGCAGGCGUUUGUGCACGGAGAUAGUUUACAGGCUCAUCUCAUAGGCAUCGUCGUCCCAGACCCAGAGGUAUUCGUUGACUGGGCCAAAGAGCGAGGCUUCAUGGGAUCUUACGAGGAGCUGUGCCAGAAUCCAGACGUGAAGAAAGCGGUAUUAGAGGACAUGACAGCUGUGGGAAAGGAAGCAGGGCUGAAGUCUUUUGAGCAGGUGAAGGACCUUCACUUGCACCCUGAGAUGUUCAGCAUCGCCAACGGCCUUCUCACUCCGACCCUGAAGAGCAGACGCAUUGACAUCCGCAGAGUCUUCCAGGAACAGAUCUCACGCAUGUACAGCAAGACGGCCACUUAAAGGACUGUGCACUCACAUUGACACACACACACACACACACACCACUGAAAGGUUACUGGUGUCCAUUCCGGACAAAAAUGGGACCACGGACAGGGUAAAGAAAUAGUUUAAAUGAGCAGCAGCAGUCAACAGAACCUUAUUCAAAAUAUACAAUCAGUAUAUUUUGGAAUAUUGGUAUUUUGCUUCAGAGAACUCAUGUUUCCAUCCACAUCUCCACCUGUGCCUCUUUUUUGCGCAUAUGUGUAAUGUAUUAACUAUUAAAUGUCAUGUAUACAGAGAAGUAACAUCAACGCGACCAAAACCAUUUGUAGCAUAAUGCCACCUUGCUGAACACAAUAGAAACGAUGCUGCAAAAGCACAAAGUCCUAGUGCUCAGAUUAUUGAGCAAAUGCAUUUUAGAUGUUUUUUGUUCAGGAUCACGUUCUUCUCCUGACUAAUUGACUUUUCAUUCACUGGUCAGUUUUACUUCUGAAAAGUAAGUUAUUCUGAAACUGUAGAGAUAAGAAUCACAGCAUGUUGAGAAGUAUCCAGCAGUAGCUUAACAUGUUAAGCUAGAGCGUUCUCAUUUACACUGGCCAGGUUCUUUCCUAAGAAAAGGAUGAAAAGGGGCACCGUUACGUUCCCCUUGAUGUUGUGUUGUGAUGUUUCGUUGUUGUCAGGUGAAAACAUUGCCUUCACAGGUCAGAUCUGGAGGAAGUUAAACACCCCUGCUUUUAGCUUGAUGCAAUUUGAAGUUCAUCACAUUGGUUUUGAAAAGGGUUCUUAAGGGUUAUAGAGUUUUCUAAGACAAAUGAGCUUGUAAUCUUUCAACUGGAGGUCAAAAUAUGAAAAAUACCAAAAUUGGAUUUGCAAAGGUUUCACCUGACCAAGUUUUCAACUAAGAGAGAAAGAAUUGUAAAUAAUGAAUAUUGUGGAGAUUUGUUGAAAGGACACUACUGACUAAUUCAAAUGAAAUAUAACUGAAGAGAAAUAAAGAUAAGUUACCGUUA